CUCAAGAAGAGAGGUCGGCGAAAGGGAACAAAGAAUAAAGUCAGUUCAGAAUUGAAAAGAAAACUUGGUGAUGCCACUCUUCAUUAUGCACAUGGCCGUUAUGAGGAGGCCAUACGUGUGUUGAAUGAAGUCAUUCGUCUUUCACCAAACCUUCCUGAUCCAUACCAUACACUUGGCCUAAUUUACAAUGCUAUCGGCGAUAAGAAGAGAGCUAUGGACUUCUACAUGCUUGCAGCACAUCUUGCACCGAAGGAUGCGUCUCUUUGGAAGCUCCUGGUCGAUUGGUCCAUAGAGCAGGGAGAUAGGGGACAGGCCAGGUAUUGCCUUUCCAAAGCAAUAACAGCAGAUCCUGAUGACAUUAGUCUUAGGUAUCACCGGGCUUCAAUAUACAUUGAGCUUGGAGAUUAUCAGAAAGCUGCAGAGUCAUACGAGCAAAUUGCUCGUCGAUGCCCUAAUGAUGUUGAAGUGCUUCGGACAGCUGCUCAGUUGUACCGAAAAUGUGGCGAAGCUGAGCGCUCUGUUGGCAUCCUGGAAGACUACCUGAAAAAUCAUCCAUAUGAAGCUGAUUUAAGUGUGAUACAUCUGUUAGCUGUGAUGCACAUGGAAAACAAUGCACAUUUAAAAGCUCUUGAUCUAAUUGAGUGUGCAAAGCAGAGAUAUUUUACUGGGAAAUGGAUGCCUCUUAAUUUAAGUAUCAAAGCUGGAAUAUGUCAUUUACAUCUUGGUCAUAUGGAGGAGGCAGAGAUUAUUUUCAGUGCUCUACAACAAGAAAAUGCAUCUCAACAUCCUGACAUAGUCACUGAGGUUGCGGACUCACUUAUGACCCUUGAACACUAUGAAUCUGCUUUGAAGUACUAUAUGAUGCUUGAAGGAGAUGACGUCAAGAAUAAAGGCUAUUUACACUUAAAAAUUGCCGAGUGUUAUGUGUUUUUGAGGGAAAGAGUACAAGCAAUUGAGUACUUCCAUAAAGCUGUAAAUGAACUUGAGGAUAGUGUUGAUGCUCGAUUAACUUUGUCCUCGAUCCUCCUUGAAGAAGGCAAAGAUGAUGAAGCAGUUUUUGUGCUUUCCCCUCCAAAAGCUUCAGAAUCUUCAGUUGACUCAAGUUCUGAUGAACCAAAAUCAUGGUGGCUUAAUAGCAAGAUAAAGCUGAAGCUUUGUCAAAUUUAUAGAGCUAAAGGGUCACUAGAGGCCUGUGUGGAUGUUAUUUUUCCUUUGAUUCGUGAGACAUUGUUUCUUGAGUCUGUACAACAAAAGGUUAAAGUGCGGAAAAGGCUGUCUAAAAGUGUUCUAUUUCAAAGAAUCAAGGUUGUGGAUGAUCACCAAACUGAUACCGUCUUUCAUGGCUUUAGGCCUUUAGCUUUGGCAUCUGAUCUGUCAAAAGCUGCAAGAGCCAGAAAAUUACUUCAGAAGAAAGAAAUGUUAAAGGAAGCAAAAAAAGCUGCAGCUUUGGCUGCUGGAGCUGACUGGAAAAGUGACGAUUCGGACAGCGAGUCUCCUGGGCAUGCAUACCGAGAGCCUCCACUACCAGAUCUUCUAAAAGACGAGGAGCACCUGUGUCUCAUCAUAGAUCUGUGCAAGGUGUUAAUAUCCUUGCAACGGUAUUGGGAUGCACUGGAGAUCAUUAAUCUCUGUCUUAAAUUGGCAUCCGGCACGUUGUCUGUUGAGAAGAAAGGGGAGCUGCAAGCUCUAGGAGCUCAAGUAGGAUAUAACAUUGCUGAUCCCACCCGUGGGUUCGAUUGUGCUCGUUAUAUUGUCAGUCAGCAUCCUUAUAGCUUUGCAGCAUGGAAUUGCUACUACAAAGUAAUAUCAAGACUGGAUAUUCGGUAUUCAAAACAUAACAAGUUCUUGCAUAAUAUGCGUACCAAACACAAAGAUUGCGUACCACCAAUUAUUAUUGCUGGACACCAGUUUACCACGAUCAGCCAGCAUCAAGCAGCGGCUAGAGAAUAUUUAGAAGCCUAUAAGUUGAUGACAGAUAAUCAAUUGAUAAAUCUCUGUGCGGGAACUGCCUUAAUAAAUGUAGCUCUUGGAUUCAGACUUCAUAACAAGCAUCAGUGUAUACUACAGGGAAUGGCUUUCCUGUAUAAUAAUUUGAGGCUUUCAGGAAAAAGACAGGUUAUGCUUUGAAUUUGCCUAGCCUUA